AUGAGACUCAUCAAUACCAAUACCUUGCAGCUCGAAGACUUCCCUUCUGGAAAGGUGCCCCCGUAUGCAAUUCUCUCUCAUACUUGGGAAAAUGGAGAAAUCUCCUUUCAGACCUGGUCUUCUCCGUGGCAGUGGCUGUUGCGGACACGAGACAACAAGAUCACGCACGCAUGCCGGCUGGCGAAAUCCUACAAACUAGGGUAUGUCUGGAUAGAUACCUGCUGCAUCGACAAAACGGACAGUGUCGAGCUCGGCGAGGCCAUCAAUUCCAUGUUCAGAUGGUACCAGAAUGCAUCGAUAUGUUUUGUAUACCUGUCAGAUCUACCAGCUGUCGCAGACUUCGAGACGGGUUUUGCAUUCUGCAGAUGGCACACACGCGGGUGGACUCUUCCCGAGUUGAUCGCUCCUAGUAAGGUGGAAUUCUACGAUCAGGAAUGGCACCCUAGAGGCACCAAGCAAAAUCACAAGAGACUCUUGGAAAAGCACACUCGAAUCCCCGCCGCGGUGUUGACGGGGGAACAGCAACUGGAAGCAUGCUCAGUCAGUGACAGGCUGUCAUGGGCAUCAUCUCGUAAGACCACCAAGCCAGAAGAUGCCGCAUAUUGCCUGCUUGGUAUUUUCGGCGUGCACAUGCCAUUGAUAUACGGAGAAGGCCACGAAGCUUUCUAUAGGCUCCAAGAAACUAUCAAACGCAAAUAUCAGCAUAAGUCGGAGUCGACCUCUCUAAGAGCCAGGCAACAGCAACAAAUGGCUAUCCAAUGGCCAGCACAUGCCCCCCAUACCUUGACCUUGCGCGUGCCGUCGGAAUUGGUGAUUUCUCGCUACAAAUCGGACUCUUACCCAUCAAAUCUCUUGGACUCGAAGAAUAACUUCGCACAGCCUGCAAUCCACAGAGAUCGGCUGCAAGAUGCAAUGUCGCAGCUCUGCACCGACGAUCCGUUUUCUGUGAAGAUUGGAUUUGCAGAUCUCGUCACAGGCCCAUACCGUAAGGAGUAUCUAUGUUGA